AUGCUUUCUACGUUAACGGCUGUUCUACUUAGUUUGGUGGCUUACGAAGCUGUUGUUGGGUGUAAGAAUAAACACGUUCGAGCGCUGUCAAAGUGUUAUGACGGAUAUUUUAUCUCGGGUUUCCAUAGGGAAAAUAGACGAAGUUGGAAUGACGAUCCCCUGCAAAAGUUAGAAAUGGCUCAAUGCAGCACUCGAAAAUGGCCUUGGACAAACUCAAAAACCCAAACCGUGUACGCUGAUUGGUGGGGAACGUUAGACAGAGACUAUUCUUGGGCUGUUUGUCCAGCUGGUUAUUUCCUGAAUGGUUUGUACAGAAGUGAUAACACCCCAGGUCUCUUACAUAACAUCGAAGAAGGGAGAUGCUCCAAGCCAGCCGACCACCCCCCAUACCAUGGACACUGCUAUAACCAUGAUAUCACUGCAUGCUUUGAUAACAAAGGCUUAUGUAGAUGUAACAAUGAUUACUACGUCGCUGGGAUAUAUCGCGGUGGCUGGGAUUAUCUCUACUGUCUAGAAACACUGAGAUGUUGUAAGACAGUUUCAGCACCUGAAGAACUAGACGAGCUGUACAAGGUGAAGACACGUAUCAUGGACACCACGAUGUCAGACAUGGCUUCAUUGGCUCAUUUUUUGGGUUAUGGCUGGUGCGCGGGUUGUAGAGCAGCGAAUGUUGGAGAAGAUUUUAGAAGAAGUGGCGACACAUGGAACGCUGAUAAAAGUGGACGCUGUGACGGUUACAGAAGUGACUAUCGUCUGAGCAUGGCAUAUGGUGAUUGGAGCUUUACAAUAAAGGACUUCAAGUACGGAACACCUGUGGUACAAGACUUAUUUCCCGAAACGAUUGACUCUGGUACUAUAUAUAACAAUGACCCGACGGAUGCUACAAAAACUAUCACGAGAUCUGAGACCAGUGUCCGUAGCGUCACCCACACCACAACAAGCUCUUGGAAAUACAGCCACGAACUGAAUGUCCAGGUGAGCUACACACCGCAACCAAUAGGGGGUUUCGGAGGGUCUGUCGGCUACAAGUUCAACUAUAAGACCAGCACAACGACAUCAGAUGAAACAAGGAAAGAACAGUCGAAUACCUUUACGGUAGAUACAUCGAAAGUUCUGAAACCCAAUUCCGCAGCUAAAUGGAAACUUGUUGUGUCUAAGUCGAGGACAUCAGUUACCUAUACAGCUACUAUUAUAGCGAAGUUUUCCACAGAAUUUAAAGGUUUUCUGCGUUGGGGUGAAGGACCACACGGUAAAUAUACCAACUAUCAUUACCAGUAUCGUGGUAGCUUAGAUCGUCCCACAUUUAACUACAGAUUUGGUGACUCCAGCAUUCCCUUCUACACAGCCCUGAAACGACAAAGCGAAACCAACUCGCAGCCUUGGUUGUGGAGCGACAUGAACAACGCCCAUCCGUCUGCACAAAAUUUAAUCAACGACUUGUGUAAUGAAAACAGGUACGUCUUCAAAAUAACUGGCAGGUUUGAUGACGUCAUUGGCAAACACGUCGAGUUCCGCUGGGAGUCUGCUCCGUUACGCAAGCGAUCAGCCGACCGUAGCGAGAAGGUGCCUGAUGUCAUACACCAGAACUCCACUCACGUCGCCUUGGCUCUGUCUAACGAUGUUCCACUGGUGAAGCUUGAGCCUCCUAAAGUCAACAUAGAGAUCGUGAACCAAGCUAAGAUUGAGAACCUCGAGUUAACUGGUUCUUAGUUAUAUAAAAGGAAAUGUUUACUAUGCAUCAUAUAUGUUAUACCUUAGUUGUACCAUUUAUACUAUUAAAUUGUAUGCUUGAUAGGUAAAUCAUAAAAAAGCCACUUAACUAGAGGGAUUUUGCAAGGGUUUGGACAUUAUUUACUAUUAGUGACGAAAAGAUUGGGAUUAGAGAGUGCUACAUCACAUUUUAUUUUAUUCCUUUAAACACUUUUUUAAAUUGCAAGUUUAAUUUUAUUUUUUUUUGGAAAUAAAGUAAAAAUCACCAAUAUAGGCUGCUAUAGCUGAACUCAAAUUUGUUAAUAUCCAAGAAAGAAGUAACGUGUAUAUUAAGGGCAGGGAGAUAAAGCUGGAAUGAGACGUGGUUUUUAGCCGAGGGUUUAU